UUCUUUUGAGUCAUUGCUAAUAUGCAAAGUUGCACCUUUUUUACCCUUGAGUCGUUUUUUUUUUCGAAUCCAAGUAUAAAUCUGUCAACUAUUUGACCUGAACAAAAAACAAACAAAACACACAAAUAAUUGAUAACAUAUCUUUUAAUUGAGGGAUUAACGUAUUGAUUAUCAUCCCCACCUCCUUAUAGUAUCGAAGUCAUUGUUUCUCUUUCGUAAAUAGCGAUAUUUCAUUACGUAACAUUAGCAGAGUGUCCUAGAUAUAAACAUAAGCAGUCACUGUCUGUAUACUAUUCUGUAUUUGUAAAUUCAUACAAAUUAAUCAGUUUCUCCUCACUCGAUCAUAACACCAUUAAUCAUGGAUGUACUCGAUAUUCUGGCUGUCAUGUGGACUCUUUGUCUCUUCACCCGAGCAAAGGCGGGUCCCAUCGUGGAGACUGCAGGUGGACCGGUAGAAGGCUUCACUGACCACCUCACGGAGAAUGUAUAUCUACGGAUCAACAAGGAUGUCGACGUCUUUCUCGGCAUUCCGUUCGCCGAACCGCCCACGGGCCAACUUCGCUUCGCCAAUCCAGAACCGAAGAAACUAUGGGAAGGGACGUGGAACGCUACGUACUUCAGACCGAUAUGUCCCCAAAUCUUGCCCGGGAGACGGUCUGGGAAGGACGAAGACUGCUUGUACCUCAAUGUUUACGCGGCCCACCCAAUGUCCGAUUUAAAGCCCGUCAUGGCUUGGAUUCAUGGAGGAGCUUACAACGCAGGCGCAGGUGGGCGUCUCUGGUAUGGCGGCACCCCAUUGGCUGCUUUCGGUGACGUCAUUGUGGUAACACUCAACUAUCGGCUGGGCCCGUUUGGCUUUCUUAGUACAGGUGACCAAUCGGCUCCAGGAAAUUUUGGAAUGAUGGACCAGAUCAUGGCAUUACAGUGGAUCCAAGACAAUAUUUCAAACUUUGGUGGAGACCCAACUCAAGUUACCAUAUUUGGGCAAAGUGCGGGGGCAACAAGCAUAGGACUUCAUCUCCUUUCACCUCUCAGCCAACACCUCUAUAAAUACGCCAUCAUGCAGAGUGGAAGUACAUUAACCCCUUUUGCUUACACAGAUGAUAAAGAAAGAGCCCGCGCGGAGGCCUAUCUUGUUGGGGAGAAGCUCGGAUGCGCAACAACAUCAAGUAGAGUUCUUAUUUCUUGCUUGAGGACCAAAUCAACCUCUCAGAUCCUAGCUAGUUCAUUGUCCAUGAUUUUCCUCUCGGCGCCAGUGAUAGAUGGUGUCUUUCUCCCAGAUCAUCCUGAACUCCUGGUUCAAACGGGACAGUUCAAAAGGACCAACAUCAUCAUCGGAACGAACCACGAUGAGGGCACUGCCUGGGCCUUGGCUGCGUUUCCCCAACAUAUCAACAACAACGAAAAACCACACAUGUACCGUGAUUUGUAUGACACGUGGCAUGGGAGGUACACGUACGGGCCAACUAAUGACGUCAUUUUAAAGUCGAUUGAUCAAGAGUAUCUCAAUUGGAAAGAGGUGGAUAACCCGGAAGCAAAUUACCUUGACGCAUUUGUUGCAGAGAUCACAGACCAAACCUUUGUAGCACCAGCCGACACGCUCAGUCGUGCCUUUGCGACAUAUGAUGGUGGGGAUGUUUACCUUUACCACAUGACACAUGUCCCAUCUGCCUCUGUAUACGAGCUUACCUCAAGAGAUAUCGGACCUGGAUGGCUUGGCGUCACACAUGGAGAGGAAUUCCAGUUCAUCUUUGGAUGGUCGUUUAUACCCGAUAUCAGCGACAGCCGCCCUCAACUUCCUCCGAUAGAAAAAUUAUUCACGGCUGAUGUCAUGAGUUACUGGAUCAACUUCGCAAAGACAGGAAAUCCAAACACAGCAGGUAACCCUAACUGGUCUAGGUUCACCCUGCCCGAUAUGGAAUACCUGAAGCUGGAACCAGGUUUCCCUUCUGAUCGAGCCCUUAGAGCAGACACGUGCCAUUUCUGGAACUCUUAUCUUCCUGCCUUAGUCCAGUUGUCAGGGGACGUUUCUUCGGCAAGCGUGAGUUCUUCAGUUCGUCGACAUGGUCAAUAUCGUCGCCAAAAUCACACCUCAUGGUCGACAUCAAGCUGGAUUACGGAGAGUAUUAGACGAUCUCAUCCGCAAAUAUGGUGGAAUGAAAGAUGAUUUGCUUAGUGAAAUUGAUUGUAGUUUAAUUAAUCAGACAUUUAAGCUUUAGGCCACUGACCUUUGAUAUUAUGAUUAUUCAUUUUGCACAAGGAACCAUGGUUGUAAACCAUUUUUCAUUUUUAUUUCAGUGCUUUGAAGGAAAUUAUUUUAACACUUUUAUUCAUACCUGUCGAUGUAAUUGUAUUGUAACAGAACAAAAAGAAAGAUAUGUGAAUCAUCUUAAAUUUUCAUAAUUUUUAUGAAAUUCUUUUAAAAUAAUGAAGAGCAUUGGUAAAACAAUGGUUAAAAUAACAUCAUGUGAAUGCAAUUAAAAGAACAAAUCUUGGUAUUCUUUCACUUAAAAUUAGUUUUGUAGGCCUACACAAAUUUUUAUUAUCAUCGUGUAUAUAAUAUCUAUAUUUUAUGUAUAAAAGGCUAGAAUCGUGGAGGUUUGACUAUUGAAAAAAGACAAGUGACGUCCAACAAAAAAGCAUGGCAAAUGACUAUGGAUCACAUCUGAGAGAUAGUGUUGAAUGCAUUGCGGUAAAUAUUCAUUAAUUCAUAAUUAAAGUUAUAUGAAUAAAUAAUGGUGAUUGACCAAAUAUGGGUGCUUUCACAAAAAAAUCAAGUGCUUAAGAUAUACAGAAACUCUUAGAACAUGUUGAAACAUCUACGUGUAGAAAGUCAAGUUUCAUUCCUAUUCAAACGCGGAAUGUUGUACAAAAACUAAUUUACUGAUUAGGUCCUAUCAAGGUUAUGAUGUAUUCCGAUUAACUCUGGGAUUUUUUUGCUAUAAUAUCAUCAGACAAAUAUUGGGUUUCCACGUUCCCUGUUGCUCGAUUUUAGUCCAUUUGGGGAAAUUAACCCUUAUCGCUCACAAAACCCAAAGGUUCACUGUAAAAACGCUAUUAAAAUUGUUUUAAACACGUUGUUUAAACCCGUCACUCUAACAACUUUUGUU